AUGGACUCCUCGAGCAGAACCAGCAUCAUUCGCGAUCUCGAGCGAGGAAAGCAUGACCAGUAUAACAUAGAACGUCCUCCCAUCGAAGAGUAUGAUUCGGACUCCAUCCCUUCCAUCAGUGACCUACAAAGAACUAUACCUUCAACCCUCGGCUGGUGGAAGGAGGAGUAUGUCUACUGUGGUGUGUGUAUUGCAGCCGCAGCCGGCCUCAUAGCUAUCCUCUCGCGUUACGAUGGUCACCUCGAGCCUCAUUUCGGUAGCGACAAUGGCUUGCAGCUGAGCACGAUCGUCAUUGCUAUCAUGACUGUAUACCGUGUGGCACUCGGUUCUAUUGUCGAGACAGCGCUCAGCCAAUGUGCCUGGAUCUGGGUUUCUGCUGCACGACAAGAGCGCAAAGAAAAAACUGAACCUGCGCGACUGGAAGAUUUCAAAAUGUUCGAUGAAGCUUCCAGAGGGCUGAUAGGAUGUUUGAGUCUGAUUUGGCGGCUAAGAGGAGCGCAUCUUGCCUGCGUUGGAGCAGGAAUCAUUAUCCUGAUGCAAGGCUUCGAAACAUUCUCCCAGCAAAUGGUCACUUUCGAAGAAACCCCAACGCCACAACUUAAUGAUACCAAUUCCUUUGCACCUCCACCAGCAAGAAGCGAGACGUGGCAUAACGUCAUAUUUAAGGGCGUUGGAGGAGACCUUGACCUGGGUCUUUCGACGAAGGCUUCCUUUUACGAUGGGAUCAUGGCCAGCAGCGUAUCUGAGUUGCCAGUCUUCUGCGGCACUGCAAACUGUACUUGGCCAACCUUCCCGUCUCUUGCAGUUUGUGGCAAUUGCACGAGUGUAGAACCACAAAAGGAUUGUCCAGAAGAUCAGCCAUGUGCAUUUUCACUAUCUUCAGGUACCUCUGUGACGGCUCCUGGAGGCGACUCGACUGGACUCCAUUUCACAGUGGCGCCGUUGAUGAACACAUCAGCAGCUUCAACAUCGCAAGCAUACAUCUCAGCAUUUGAUGUUCUAUCGGUGUCCAAAGGUCGCACAGAGAUGACAGCGGAAGCUUGGCAAUGUGCCAUGUGGUUUUGUUUGAAUAGCUACGACGCGAUGGUUACGAAUGGACAACAAAACACCACAACAGUCGCAACUUGGUCUCGUACCGAGUUCGCUGCGGCAACGAGUGCCCACGAUGAUGAGUAUCACUUCAUCGACAUACCAGAAGAAAUACAAACCAACUCGCGGACACGGUAUAGCGUCCCACUCGAGUCUAUCGAUGUGUUGGAGAGCUUCAUGGCCUCCAAAAUGAUUGGUAAUUACUCGAACAUUGACAAUCACCCAGACUACAGCUCGGAUUGGAUCCAAGCCAUGCAGAAUGCAACGUCAGACAUGCCAGCAUUAAUGGCAAGACUGACUCUCAGCAUGACAAACGACAUCAGAAUGUCUGGCACAUUGGAUCCGAACAAUCGUGGAAAUAUGUAUGAGUACGCCGGCGCAGCAUAUACCCAAACACCAUUCGUGCAAGUCAAUUGGUACUGGGUCAUCUAUCCAGUGGUACUGAUGAUACUGGCAUUCCUGUAUCUCAUUCAAACUGUCUAG